GCUUUGUGGGUGCGGGGUUCGUGCAAACAGGUAAAAUUCCUAGCACCUACCACCAAAAUAACACCAGUCCACUUAAAGAAAACACGUUGUCGGCUAGGCAUAAGUCCUCAAAACCUCUCACGAUCUACGGAUAAAUUGGAACAGGGGCAAUAAAACCAAAAGUCCUUGAAUCAAGAAGCCCUCUAAGCUUCCUUCUUCCUUAUUCUCUUCCUGCACAUCCAUCUAUUCCUUCACUCCAUCUCUACCGACAUGAUGGACAGAGAUCCUUUUGUCACCAGACCCAUUGAGUCUUUGAAAGUACAUGAUAUCCUGGUCAACCACGGAUGGGAUAAGAAGAAUGAGAAGGACCCCAAAGUCAUCUACGACCACAUCUGCAAGUGUAUCCCUUGUACUUCUGAGGAUCUAGUGGCAGAUCUGAUGACCAAAUGGAAUCACCAGAAGCCUGAUUCAACACUGCAAGAAUACCUCAAUCAAGCCUCGAGGAUGAAGAUUCGGUUGGAAGAGCUCGGCUUUCCAAUUCAUGAAAGAGUGGCAACCCUGACAGUCUUGAUACCACUGAAGGAUGUUGAUGAAGGAUGGUAUUCCACACUCUUCUACGACUUCACAGCGAACAAACUACGAUGGACCGAUCUUCUAUCUAAAAUCCAAACGAAGGCAACGCUGUUGGAGAAGAAGAAGCCACUGCAACUAGCCAAAUGCAAGAAGAACAACACGCAAAAUUUAUCCGCCAACUGA